GGCAGACUCAGCUGUUUUUGACAGUUACAAAACGUUAAAAAGUGGUCUCAGGGUAAUCUGUUGUCAUUUCACAAGUGAAAAGGCUACUUGGAUUCUAACGAGUAGGAAACACUUCUGUUGUAAAGAUGGAGUUUGUUAAAGAAGAGAGUGAAGACAUGAGUGAUCCAGAAGCAUGCAGAGUGAAAAAUGAAGACACUGAGGAACAAAGAGGCCUAGAAGUGAAAGUGGAAAAUGAAGAACUGAAGGAAGUGGAGGAGAAACGUCAUGAUCUAGAACCUCUUAAUGUCACAACUGAGGAAAAAUCUUCAAGUUUACCACAGACUGAAAAUAGUUUGUCUCAAGAAACAACUCGUAGAACAGAAGCCGAAAAUCCUUUCACGUGCCGUCAGUGUGGAAAGUGUUUUACACAUAAAGGAAACCUUAACAAUCACCUAAGAAUUCACACUGGAGAGAAGCCUUUCACAUGCCCGCAGUGUGGAAAAAGUUUCACAAGUCAAGGACACCUUAAAGAUCACAUCAAAAUUCACACUGGUGAGAGACCUUUCACGUGCCCUCAGUGUGGCAAGAGUUUCACACGUAAAGGAAACCUCAGGGAUCACAUCAGAAUUCACACUGGAGAAAAGCCAUUCACGUGCCCUCAGUGUGGAAAGAGUUUUACAUGUAAAGGACAGCUUAAGAGUCAUAUAGGUAUUCACUAUGAAGAAAGCUCUUUCACGUGCCAUCAGUGUGAGAAGAGUUUUAAAGUAGAAAGAUACUUUAAGAAUCACAUGAGAAUUCACUCUGAAGAGAGCUGUUUCACAUGUCCUCACUGUGGGAAGAGUUUCCCGUUUAAAGGACAAUUCGAGGAUCACGUAAGAAUUCACACUGGAGAGAGGCCUUUCACAUGCUCUCAGUGUGGAAAGAGUUUCACACAAGUACAAAGUCUCAGAAUUCAUCUGCAGUUUCACUCUGGAGAAAGACGAUUUAAUUGUGAGCAGUGCGGACAAAGAUUUGUUUCGGCAUCAAACCUUAGAAGACACGAGAAAACGCACACAAACAAGAGGCCCUACGUGUGUUCUGUUUGUGGGAAGAGUUUUGUGUUUCUCGACUACUUUAAAGAGCACCAGGUAAUACAUACAGGUGUUAGAGCUCAUGUGUGCUCGGAGUGUGGAAAAGCAUUUGCUAGAGCCAGAGAGUUGAGACGGCACAGAAGAAUCCAUUCUAGGGAAAAACCUUGCAAAUGUUCACAUAGUGGAAAAAGUUUCACUGCAUCUAAAAGUCUGUAAGUACACGAAAGUGUGCAUACUGGCACUGGCCUGAAAGAUUCAGCGAAUCAAGUUAUUUAAAAGCUCAUUUUAAAAGCGCUGUCCACAAAGAGUGCUCAAAAUGAGUUCAUCAAGACUAAAUGACCAUAUCCAUGCUAAACCAUUUUAGUUUGAAAUUGCAUUCAUUUAGCUGCAAUGACAUUUUCUUUCACAGAAAAUGGAGACUUUCGAGAUUUGAAAAAUGAUGACGUUAAGUUUUCAAUUCAAAGCAGAUUAGUGGCCUUUGAUGGAAAUACAUUCGGAGAAGGUCAAAGUAAUUUUUCAGACAAGUGUUUCUGAAAUGCCACAAUUUUUCUUGGAAUGCAUUUAUGAUAUGUUUGAGUAGCAAUGGUACUAACUGUGCAUAGAGACAUUUGUGAAACUAUGGGAGCAUUAGUCUAUUACAUCUAUUCAUAUCCGUAACAGUUUAAGUUGUGUGCAAAUCAUUGUUGUGAUGCAUGGAGAUCUAAAAACACUUGAGAAUGAAGUAGCAGAACAUUGGAAGCUUAACCAACAAGAGUCAACAACUCAUACUGUGUGAAU